AUGAGAGUUGCUGCGUUCAUUCGCCGUGUAGUCACCAAAAAAUACCUAUUUACUUCAACGCCACUAACGGUGGAUGAAUUACACAAAGCUGAAACAUGGUGGUUCAAGAAAGUACAGUCUGAAAUGUUCUCUGAAGUCAUCGCUGUACUUAAGAAAGGAAAACAACUAUCCAAUAAACACUAUCUAAAACCUCUAAAUCCAUUUCUCGACAAUGAGGGUUUGCUGAGAGUUGGUGGGCGCCUUUCACAAUCACAACUAGAAUUUGACUCACCUCACCCUUUAAUUCUCCAUGGAAAACAUCGACUUACCACCUUGCUUGUCGAACAUGAACACAAACGAUUGUGCCAUGCAGGACCUAAACUGCUCUUAGGAACACUUCAACAGUGCUAA